UCCUGGCCUCUAGGGGCGCCACCCUCCACGUGCAGGUCUGCGAGGCUGCACGCCGCGGGCUCCGAGAAAGAAGGGUCUCCUCAUGUUCUGAUCUCUGUCCGCCCUUCGAUGCAGCAGACACCGGCAUUUGCCACAAUGCUCUCAGCCAAUGACUUUGCAUCUGCUUCUUGGGAACUCAUGAUCCGAGUGGACCAUCCAGAUCAAGCGGAUCAGAAAGACGUCACCCUGACAGUGUCCGGGGACCUGCACGUUGGCGGGGUGAUGCUCAAGUUAGUAGAGAAGAUCAAAAUAGCCCAAGACUGGUCAGACUUUGCCCUUUGGUGGGAACAAAAGCGUUGCUGGCUCCUGAAAACGCACUGGACCCUGGACAAAUGUGGAGUCCAGGCAGAUGCAAAGCUUGUCUUCACCCCUCAGCAUAAAAUGCUUCGCCUGCGCCUGCCGAACGUGAAGACGGUGCGAUUGCGAGUCAGCUUCUCAGCUGUGGUGUUCAGAGCUGUCAGUGAUAUCUGCAAAGCCCUGAAUAUUAGAAGACCAGAAGAACUUUCCUUGUUAAAGCCUUCUAGUGACUAUUUUAAAAAGAAGAAGAAAAAAGACAAGAAUAAUAAGGAGCCCUUAAUUGAAGACAUUUUAAACCUGGAGAAUUCUCCAACAAUUUCUGGGCCACCAGUAAGUCCUGGCUUGUACAGUAAAACCAUGACUCCCACGUAUGACCCCGUCAACGGAACGCCGGUGUCAGCCACCAUGACGUGGUUCAGCGACAGCCCUUUGACAGAACAAAACUGCAACAUCCUCGCAUUCAGCCAACCGCCGCAGUCACCGGAGGCGCUGGCUGAUAUGUACCAGUCUCGGUCUCUGGUCGAUAAAACCAAGCUUAACGCAGGUUGGCUGGACUCCUCGCGUUCCCUCAUGGAACAGGGCAUCCAGGAGGAUGAGCAGCUGCUGUUACGAUUUAAAUACUACACCUUCUUUGACUUGAAUCCCAAAUAUGAUGCUGUCCGAAUAAACCAGCUCUACGAACAAGCCAGGUGGGCCAUUGUCUUAGAAGAAAUUGACUGCACAGAGGAAGAAAUGUUGAUCUUUGCAGCACUGCAGUAUCACAUUAGCAAAUUGUCGUCGUCCGCUGAAAUACAGGACUUCACAAGUGAGUCUGAGGUCGAUGAAGUGGAAGCAGCACUUUCUAAUUUGGAAGUGACCCUAGAAGGUGGAAAAGCGGACAACACUUUGGAGGACAUCACUGACAUCCCUAAACUUGCAGAUAAUCUCAAAUUAUUUAGGCCCAAGAAGCUAAUAUUAAAAGCUUUCAAACAAUAUUGGUUUGUCUUUAAAGACACGUCUAUAACCUACUUUAAAAAUAAGGAACUUGAAGAAGGAGAACCAGUAGAAAAGUUAAAUCUUAGAGGCUGUGAAGUUGUGCCAGAUGUGAAUGUAGCAGGAAGAAAAUUUGGAAUCAAGUUACUAAUCCCUGUUGCUGAUGGUAUGAAUGAAGUAUAUCUGAGAUGUGACCAUGAGAACCAGUAUGCCCAGUGGAUGGCUGCCUGUAUCUUGGCAUCGAAGGGCAAAACCAUGGCAGAUAGCUCCUACCAGCCAGAAGUCCUCAACAUUCUUUCCUUUCUGAGGAUGAAAAACCGGAACUCAACAUCUUCCGUGGCUUCCGGUCCUGAAAACAUGGACAUGAACCCGGAAUGUUUUGUGUCACCCCGGUGUGCAAGAAAACACAAGUCUAAACAGCUGGCGGCCCGGAUCAUGGAGGCCCACCAGAACGUGGCCCAGAUGUCCCUGGUGGAAGCCAAGCUGCGGUUCAUUCAGGCAUGGCAGUCUCUACCCGAGUUCGGCCUCACCUAUUACCUUGUCAGAUUUAAAGGAAGCAAGAAAGAUGACAUUCUGGGAGUUUCGUAUAAUAGGCUGAUUAGAAUCGAUGCAGCCACUGGGGUUCCAAUUACAACAUGGAGAUUCGCCAACAUGAAACAGUGGAAUGUAAACUGGGAAAUCCGGCAGGUGGCGAUCGAGUUUGACCAGAAUGUCUCCAUUGCGUUCUCCUGCCUGAGUGCAGAUUGCAAGGUGGUGCACGAAUACAUCGGUGGCUACAUUUUCUUGUCCACCCGCUCCAAGGGCCAGAAUGAAACCCUGGACGAGGACCUGUUCCACAAGCUGACGGGCGGUCAGGAAUGAAGCAAAGCUGGCCUGCUGGGCCUACACAGAGGGCACGCCAAAGGCGGUCCUGCGGGGAUAGUGGGAUCCGUCGCUUGACUGUGUAUAGAUUCCAGACUGACAGACAACGUAUAUUCACCACCAUCACUCA